AUGGUGGCCGAAAACGGCCAAAAUUCAUCAAAGACAGGAGAAGCUAAUGACGAGAACAACUACAAAAACGACAAUGUAGCGAUAUCGUUUCUUUCUUCUUCUGUUAAUAUUUCUUUCUUUUAUUUCAUUCGUUCUUUAUUUGUAUUGUUUGAUCUCCUUAUUCUAUAUUUUAUUUUUGUUAUGUCUUUGAUUUUCUACAUUUUCUCUCAAUAUUUCGUACUUUCUUUUUACUUUUCUUUUCCCAUACCAUUUCUUCUUUCUUCCACUGCCUUCUUCGCUCCUUUUUGUUGUAAUUUCCAUUUUUUUUUUACGUUUUUAUCCUUCUUUCUUUCUUCUUCUCUCUUUGCUAUUUUCUUUUCUUUUUUUUUUUUGGUAAUCUACAUUUCAUCCUCCCCUUCACCUGUCCACUAUUGUUUUUACUUUUUUUCUUUCUUUCUUUGGUUCUUCGUUCUUUCUUUUUUUUUGGUUCCUCUUUUCUUUCUUUCUUUUGUUACCUCUUUCUUUCUUCCUUUAUAUUUAUAUAUAUUCUUUCUUUCUUUAGUUUUUUUCUUCUUUCUUUCCUUCUUUUUUACGUUCUUUUUUACUGUCACUAGUUUUUCUUUCUUUCCUUCAUAUUUUCUUUUUUUACUACUUUCUUUCUUUAUUUCUUUCACUCAGAUUUGUUCUUUCUCUCCCUUGAUUUACAUAAUUCUUCUUUCAUUCAUUCAUGCAUUUGCCUUUCCUUCAUUGCUGAUUGCUCAAAAAGUAAUAUUACAGCUUCUUAACGUAUACACAUUUAUAUCUAUCUAUCUAUCUAUCUAUCUAUCUAUCUAUCUAUCUAUCUAUCUAUCUCAGCCUAUACAUAUCUAUCUAUCUAUCUAUCUAUCUAUCUAUCUAUCUAUCUAUCUAUCUCAGCCUAUUCGUAUCUAUCUAUCUAUCUAUAUAUAUAUCUAUCUAUCUAUCUCAGCCUUUUCGUUUUGUUUCCUCGUCCUCUUCCUCCUUCUUCUUCAUUACCAUUUUUUUUUCUUAUUCUUCUUAUCUAUCUGCCUUUCCCUAAUCAUGCGGCGCCAUUGCAGCCUUCUUCAUUAA